GUCACACUCAUCGUAUGUGCGAUGAAAUGCACAAACAAUUUCUAAGGGUCAAUAGAAAUCUUGAUUUUGGUCACAAGAAAUUUGUUAUCAAUUGUGCGAAAGCUAAUAUUGGUCCGAUGAAGUCAUAUAAACUCUUUAAAGAGUCUGUUGGUGGAUAUAGCAAUAUUGGUGCGACUGCUGUAGAUUUCAAAAACUUUAAACGAGAUUUGAAGGCAUACAUUGAGGGUGUCGACGCUCAAAUGUUGAUUGACAAGUUAUUUAGAAAGGUUGAAGUGUGUUCAUAAUUUUACUUUGAUUAUGAUGUGGAUGAGAGUGAUCAGCUGACAAGGAUUUUCUGGGCGGAUCCGUUGGCUAGACAAAAUUUUUCUUAUUUUGGGGAUGUGGUUUCUUUUGAUUCAACAUUCAGUACAAACAGGUACAAUAUGGUUUUUGUGCCAUUCACCGGUGCAGACAAUCACCAAAAGUGCGUUACUUUUGCUGCUGGGUUAAUUUCGAAAGAAGAUGUAGACCCCUAUGUGUGGCUUUUGUCCCGAUUUAUCAAUGCGAUGGGCAGUGAACCAACAUGCGUAAUAACGGAUCAAGAUCCAGCUAUGCGCAUUGCUAUUGAAAAGGUAAUUCCUAACGUUAAACAUCGUUAUUGCAUGUGGCAUAUAAUGAACAAGUUGACAAGUAAAGUAGGUCCUGUGCCUAGUAAGGAUGUUGAUUUCUUGACAAGAAUUAAUGGUGUUGUGUGGAGUCACUAUUUAGAGCCCGCCGAGUUUGAGGCUAAAUGGAAUUCUAUUAUGGCUGAUUUUGACUUGUUGAACCACAAAUGGUUUGUGGACUUGUUCAAUCUUCGGAAGUUUUGGAUUCCGUCUUACUUUAGGAAUUUGUUCUUGGGAUGUUUGCUUCGAACAACUUCAAGAUCUGAAAGUGAGAAUAAUUUUUUUGGUGAGUUUACUAACCCUCACUUCAGCCUCAUUGAGUUUUACAUGCAAUUUGAAAGUGCAAUGGAUGUUCAACGCCAUAAUCAUGAUAAAUUAAAUUCAGGUUCCGAGUCCUAUAUUCCUGUUUUUAAAACCCCUCUACCCCUUGAAAAGCACGCUGCGGAGAUGUAUACUCUCACAGUAUUUUAUUUAGUGCAAGAUGAAAUUGCAUUUGCUUGUUUUAAUUGCCGUGUUCUUAGUGUGCAUGACCAUGACGGUAAUUUGGAUUAUGUUAUUCAAGAUGAACGUGGUAUGAUAUUCAAGGUAGAAUUCAAUGUUUCCGAUACAAAAGCAUCUUGCGAGUGCAAAUACUUUCUUCGAUUGGGGUUGGUGUGUAGACAUAUGUUUGUGGCUUUCAAAGACUCGAAGCUCAAUUGUAUUCCUCAGCACUAUGUUGUUAAUCGUUGGUGUAAAAAGCGUCUACUACGACCGCUACAUGGUAUACCAAAUGUUCUAGUUCAACAGUGUGCUGAAAUUGAAGAGAAGAAAAAAAUUAUGCAACAGGUUUGGACAGAUUUGCACUCUUGUGUUGCUCUAGCUGAAAAGGAUCUAAGCAGACUAAAACAAUUUGCAUCUGUGAUUAGUCAAGAAAAGCAUGCACUUCUAUCAUAUGACAAAAGUGAUCCACUCCCUACGACUAAGGAUUCCAUGAUCCAAUCUUUUUAUGGGGCAAGUAGGCCUUCUGAUGUUACUGUGUUGCCUCCUCAAAAUGCCAAAAAUAAAGGAUCUGGAAGGAGGAUUAAAGGUGCACGAGAGGUAUCCAUUGAAGAAAACAAGAGACCGAAGAGAUUGUGUAGGUCAUGUAACGAAAUGUGCAAUCAUGAUAGUAGAAAUUGUCCUUUAAACUAACUUCAAUAAGUGUUGUGUAAGACAUUUUUAUACUUUCGUAUUCAUGUGUAUUUAAGAAAUUUGAACACUUUUA